AUGGUCUCCCAACCAGAUCAGCCCUCUCCAGGCUCAGGCUACAACCCAGCUCCCCUCGUCUCCUCACGUCGCGGCCACCAGUAUUCUACUUCCGCAUCCGUCGUCUCGCGGCCGUCGCUCUCCCGCACCAAGCGAUACAAUCGCUCCCUCACGGGCGGUCAUUCCCAUGUUCCUCAGAAUGAAUUUCCAGUAUUUUCGCACAGCGGCGAUGUCGAGAUUCUCAUCCGCGUUGGUGCACGUCCAGGUCCAGAUGCCAUAUCGAAUCGCUAUCUCUUACACCGGCACACCUUGACAAGGUGCAGCGGCUUCUUUGAAGCGAGUACCUCGAUGGAAUGGUCCAAGCCGCGACCCUUGCUAGCCGGAGGCAAUGAACUCGCCCGCAUCGGUGAGGAGCCGUCGUCUGCGUUGGAUUGCGCUGAUGCGGUCCGGUUUGCUUUCGUUGGUGGUGGUGUCUCGCCAUCACCAGGAGCCUCGACCCCGACAAAGACGUGGAGGUAUGAACUCGACACUGGUGUCGGUCCAGGCGAUAUUCCCAUGCUGGUUCAGAAGGAAGAGACAGCGCCAGCCGCAAACUCACAGCCAUCGUUUCCUUCACUCUUUGGCUCAGCUCCUGCAUCCAACACCAAAUCCGCUUCACGAUCAAAACACGGCCCACCCACCACCAGCCACGCCUCCUUCUCGCGCUCUGUCGCCAACCUAGCCGUGACUCCCACCAUGUCCCAAGAGCACCAAGAUCUUUUACGCGACUACGACAAUCUGUUUCGCAUAUUUUACAAUUACCCGCCCAUCUUGGACGGCGUCAAUGUCGCAGAUGCCUACGUCCAGUGCAAGUCGCUCCUCACCCUGGCCGACCAGUACGACGCUCUGGCCGUCGUUGGGCCUCGAGUCGAUCACCACCUGCUCCAGUUCCAAUCUCGGGUAUGGAAGCAAAUCGCCAAAUACCCCAUUUCCUACCUUCGCCUGGGCUAUCUUGCUCGAAGCAAAGUUAUAUUUCAAGAAGCCCUGAUUCAUGUUGUUGGCCAAUGGCCGGUGGGAGAGCGCAGUAUUCGUGCCGCGCUUCCUGAUAUCGUCCUUGACAUCAUAGAAGAUAAAGUAGACGAGCUCGAAGAAAUCAUCAGCCGAGUCGAAGGGCGUCUCUUUCGGCUCACCCUGACCAGUGCAAAAGGAGAACGUGUCACCCCCGGAAACAACUACCUGGAUUGGCUCGUAGUCAGUCUCUUCCGUCAAUGGCUUGCAGACAACACAUCGCCACAGCCAUCACCUGAACGACAUGGCAGUGGCCGAAGCAGCAACUAUCAUUCCGCUCCGCCGCCACCGGUCCCGCCCCUGACCUCCAUUGGGCGGGCCUAUCGAACCCUGGGGUCGGGACAUUCGAGCUCAUUUCUCAACCACGAGGACUGCAAGAGAUUUUUGAAACUGACGCCGGAGCUGUAUCGUCGCGAUAACCUGCGCAGGUUCGAGAAACGCAUGGAUGAAAUGAAGGCCAUGGCACGAGACCUCGUUCGCCCCCUUCUUGGAAGUGGGCUGGAGCUCGAUUUGGCCGGCCCGAGCAGGACCUCGGAGGGAAUCAGCUACCUGACUUGCACGGCCGUGGGCAAUCGUGACCUCCCGUGGCCUGUAGAAGGAUGA